GGCUCUUAUUGGUAACAUUGGCCGGCAACAAAAUGGCGACCUCAUUUUACUGGGAAAGUAAAAUCAAAGAAAAGUUCGAUGUUAACAUUAGACUAUUGUGCGUGACAUGUAAAUAAUAAACGAGAUUGUGUUUAUAUAAUAUUAAAGGAACUAGUUUGACCUUCAAAGGACAAUAUACAUUGAAUAUUCGAUGAGAUUUCGGUGAUACGUUUCUGACAGCAUGUCUGCAAUGGCCGAUGACUCUACUUCUCUGCCAAAAAGGCGUCAAUUGCGAGAAAGAACUCGAAAGUUAUAUACAGAUGACUGGACCAUAGGCGAUGAGGAAAUUGAGGGUCGUAGGACUUUCCAACUCGACGAAAAAAUCGAGUGUGAAAGAUACAACCUUAACAAUUUCACUGGGUUAUUCCGUGAAAUGGCAGGUUCUGAAUUCAAUUUAGCAUACCUGCAAAAGCAUGGUCUGAGCAUACCAUUGCUCUUUAGGGAUAAAUCUGGAUUGGGAUUAAGAGUCCCAAGUACAAAUUUUACUGUGAAUGAUGUCAGGACUUGUGUCGGUUCAAAAAGGAUAUUGGAUGUAAUGGAUGUUAAUACACAGAAGAAUGAAGAUAUGACAAUGAAAGAAUGGCAGAAGUAUUAUGAAGAUCCCAACAAAGAGCGACUAUUAAAUGUAAUUUCAUUAGAGUUCAGUCAUACCAAGUUAGAAAAUUAUGUGCAAUCACCUGAAAUAGUGCGACAGGUUGAUUGGGUAGAUGUUGUAUGGCCAAGACACCUAAAAGAAGCACAAGUGGAAUCUACAAAUCUGUUGGAAGAUAUGAUGUAUCCAAAAGUGCAAAAGUAUUGUCUCAUGUCUGUAAAGGGUUGUUACACAGACUUUCAUGUUGAUUUUGGUGGAACCAGUGUUUGGUAUCACAUUUUAAGAGGCGGUAAAAUAUUUUGGCUUAUUCCUCCUACUGAAAAGAAUUUGACUCUUUACCAAGAAUGGGUAUUAAGUGGUAAACAAUCUGAUGUAUUCUUUGGAGAUAUGGUAGACAGAUGUGGUAGGAUAACUUUAACAGCUGGCAUGACUUUGUUUAUUCCAACUGGUUGGAUUCAUGCUGUGUAUACUCCUCAAGACUCUUUAGUAUUUGGUGGAAACUUUUUACACAGUUUUGGUAUUGAAAAACAAUUAAAAGUUGCGCAAGUAGAAGAACAUACAAAAGUGCCACAAAAAUUCAGAUAUCCAUUUUUCACCGAAAUGUUAUGGUAUGUUUUGGAGAGAUAUGUUCAUGUUCUUCUAGGCAGAAGUCACUUAGAUAUUUCUGAAUCACAACGUCAACAUUCAGUACCACAACACCACCAACAUGUACAUUUAACACCAUUUGAAUUGCAUGGUUUAAAAGCAAUAGUUAUGUAUCUACAUUCACUACCUUCUACGAAGAAGAAUGUGCCUGAGCUAAUUCGUGAUCCGGUUGCCUUAAUUCAUGAUGUUCGAUGUCUAGUAGAGCAACAUAGACAUGAUAAUCCAGAAGCAGCUGUAACAGGGAAUGCUGUUUUACCAUCUCCACCUCCCUUGACAAUUGCUGAAAGAGAACGCUUGAGGAUAACUAAGAAAAGUUUUACAAAGAUUCAGAGACAUCACUCGCAAGAAAAGUCUGAAAGAGCUUUUCCGCGACGAAGGCGUACUAGAUGUAAGAAGUGCGAAGCAUGUACAAGAACUGAUUGUGGAGAAUGUAUGUACUGUCAAGAUAUGGUAAAAUUUGGUGGAAGUGGUCGUGCCAAACAAACGUGCUUAAUGAGGCAAUGUUUGAGGCCUAUGCUUCCAGUUACUGCAGCUUGUAAAGUUUGUCGAUUAGAUGGUUGGGGUCAACCGCCUGCACCGUUAAUGGGAAAGCCAACACCUACAGCUUCGUCAAGUUUAGUAGAAUGCUCGAUAUGCUUCGACAUUGUACAUCCUGAAUGUAUAGGACUGGAUCCACAAACCAUAACCGUUAGCGACGAUUUACCGAACAGUUGGGAAUGUCCCGAGUGUUGUGAAAGUGGUCGAAAUCUAGAUUGUAGACCACGGCAACCUAAGGCUCGUGCUCGAAAACUUUCCGUAUCUAGUGCAGCUUCAUCAGCACUCACAACAGAUUCUGAAAGGGCUACCACACCAAGUAAACGUUCAAGACCCGAUCCCAGCGAUGCAUGGAAUGACAGAGAACCGGCUGAGGGUGAACAGCGAACAGCUUUGCGUACACAAUUAGCUGUACAAUUAACUGGUUCAAGUAGUAAGUCAUUGAAGAGGCCCCACGUGGUGGUUAGGCCUGUUCCACUUCCGCCUGUUCAAAGACCAGGGCCCGAUUUUAAUGGACAAUCUUUAGCAUAUGACAAGACAGCAUUACUUGCUAUUUUUAGAUUUUUAAAUAUAAAGGACCUGGCGAAUUGUGCCUUGGUUUGCCGUACAUGGGCCAGAUAUAGUAUAGAUCCUAGUUUGUGGAGAAAAUUGGAUAUGUCUCAUUCCCAUCUAACAGCUUUACACUUAACUGGUAUAAUACGCCGCCAACCGGAAAAUCUGUCCCUUGACUGGACAAAUGUUACUAAAAGACAAUUAGCUUGGCUAUUAAGUAGAUUACCACAGCUCAGAACAUUAUCUUUACAAGGUUGUACGUGGACUGGAGUCUGUGCUUUAAGAACAUGCACUUGUCCACCACUUGUUACCUUAGAUCUAAGUCAUGUAUCUGGACUAAAUGAUUCAAGUUUGAGAGAAGUGCUCAGUCCACCUACAGAUUCGAGGCCUGGUCUAAUCGAUAAAACUUCAAGAUUAAAACAUCUUAAAAAUUUAUCUUUGGCUGGAUGUGAUAUAACUGAUGUAGCUUUGAGAUAUAUAGUUCAACAUUUACCUUAUCUGGAGACACUAGAUCUUUCUUCUUGUGGUAGAGUUACUGAUGCUGGUGUAGCUCAAUUAGCGACUCCACCAGCGCAAUCAGUGACGAACCUGGCAUCAUUGAAUUUGGCAAACUGUAGAUUACUUACAGAAGCAACAUUAGAUCAUUUGGCGAGAUGUAAAGUGCUUAAACGUUUAGAUCUUAGACACACUACUCAAGUCUCAACUCAAUCUGUAAUUAAGUUUGCUGCAAAAAGUAUUCAUAAUUUGCAUGUAACUGAUGUUAAAUUGGUAGAAGAAAAGAAAUUUAAAGCAGAAGUUAAAGUUACAUGAAAACAUGUAUUUUUUCUUUUUUUUUUUUUUUCCUUUUUUUAAACUGUUACGAAGACUUUCGACAAGUGCAAUUUGGUUACCGUGUAAAACCAUAAGAAAUGGCAAUGAACUUAGUACUGGACUUCAAUUAAUAAUUAUUUAUUAUCACAAAAACCCAUUAACACUAUAUCGCAUCUUCAUAAUAUAAGAGAAUGGACCUGACUAGUAUAGGAUUUCUAUUUGAUAAUGUUCAGUUUUAUCGAUGUCACCGUGCAAUCUGGGCGAAGAAAAAAAAAAGGAAAAUACUGCUUAUAUAUGAUUUAAAAUGACCAAAAUAUUUUUUAUGUUCUGCUUUUUAUUAUGGUAGAUGCUGUCUUCCUUUAUGCCUGGAUAGCUCUGUGCAUUCUUCAGAAGUAUUUUCACGAAUACAGGAUAUUAAAUAAGUAAUGCAGAUUCUAAAAAAAAAUAUUUAUAAGAGACUAAUACAAACCUACACUAGUUGAAUCUAAAAUACGUCGAAAUAUAGCAAUGGUUAGCAUUCCUAAUACUAAAAUUGUAUAAAAGCGAAAUAUUAGGUUCUACUAACCUUGCCAAGCAAGAAAAUCAUUACUCGCUUAAUAUUCAGUAUUCUAUGAAAUCGAAAUAUAAUACUUACAUCGAUAUGGAAAUUUUUACUGUCGUACUGCUGAAAAUGCGAACGUUCAGUAUUUAUUUUGUAAUUCUAUGUGGAUGUAAAAAUACAAAUGCGGGUAAAAAACAUAUUAACAUUCAUACUCUUAUGAAAAACUCAGCAGAUUAAUACACCGACGCUAUCAUUCGCCGAUAUAUUGCUACAAAAGAAGAGGUAUAUUUAUUUCUGCUGUGUUUGGAUAGGUGUCCAACAUGAAGAUUACUAAUUCAUUCAAAAGUUACAAAAGUAAAGCAGUUUGUUGACUAUGUAAACUCAUACCCUAAUUAUAAAAACGAAAACGCGCAAUGAAACGUAUUCGAUUAUACUAUUUCAUAUUAGAUACAUAAUUAACGUUAUACUGAAAAACAUGUAUAUUACACAAAUGUUUUAAUUUUCGACGCAAGCUAUGUUAAACGUAAUGUCGAAUGUUUUUAUGUAAACGAAUGUAUAUACGUAAUUUCUUUUUUUUUUUUAAUAAAUUUACUUCCCAUUUUAUUUUGUUAGCGUACAUAUUAUGUAUGUAAUUUAAGAGUGAUAAUAAUACCGAGCAAUAAGAAUUUAAUUACCUGCACUUUCAAACUAACUCUAGCUGUAUAAUUAAAGUAUCUCACAUUGUUUGUAUCAUCUCUGUGAAAAUAUCUUCUAAAGAACACGAUUUACCCGUGAUUAAAAUUCAGCAUAUUUUUUUCAGUUUAGCUUCGGUGUAAUCAGUUUCACUAUACUCGUUAUUGUCAGAUUGUUUAUGACGAGUAAAAUUUUUAUAAAUGGAACAGGUUUUAGGAGCAUUUAAGAUACAAAUAAUGUUCUAAAACUAUAACACUACUGUAUAUAUAUAUAGAAUAUGUAACCCAUUGGAAAACAAUAGUGAUAUUCUGAUUUUUCAAAUAUAAUUUUGAAUUUUAAAAAUACCGCCAUCAUCUUCGCUCAUUUAUUUUCGGCAUUUUACAUUCCUUUUCUAAUUGUAUUAGCAGAAAUGUCGAUGCAACAGAAAAAUAGGAAAAAAGAUAUUGUUGAAUAAACAUAUAAUUAUGAAACAAAAAUUUGAUAUAUUUGUUAACGAUGAUGACUAUACGCUUGUAAUGUAAACUAUAUGCAAGUGAAAUGUUUGCGACGCUAGUGUAAGAAGCAUCACUAGGGAUUUUAUCAUACGUCAUGUUAGAUGUAGAUUCGAAAUAUUGUCAAGAGAUCAUCAACAGAAGCUUGUCUCGUGUUUAAAGGUUGCGACGAUAUCGAGAGAGUCAAUCAGUACAAGCUGGGACACUCUUAAAGGUACUAAUCUUCAGUAUUUUCGUGCUUACGGAAAUUCGAUAAAUGUUCGUCCAAGUGACCAAAAUUUUCAUCGUGGAGGCUUAAAAAUGAGCGAAAAUAGCGAUAAGA